CUGCCGUCUGGUAGAACACACUUUGUAGAAAGAAAACAAAUUAUUAAAGAAAUUGUUCUAUAAAUUGUACCAAAUAUAUUUUCAUCUAAAGAAGCAGUACAUUAUAUACACAAAAUAACAAUGUCUUCGCCAUUGGAAAAGCUCGAAACGCAAUUAGAAAUGUUCAUUGAAAAUGUGAGACAAAUACGUAUAAUUGUUAGUGAUUUUCAGCCACAGGGACAAAGUGUCUUGAACCAGAAGAUCCAAUCUUUGGUCACGGGUCUACAAGAAGUGGACAAAUUAAAAUCUCAAGUACAUGACAUUCAUGUACCAACUGAAGUCUUUGACUACAUUGAUCAAGGACGUAAUCCUCAACUCUACACAAAAGACUGCAUUGAUAAAGCAUUAGCGAAAAACGAAGAAGUUAAGGGAAAAAUUGAUUCAUACAAAAGAUUCAAAAGCCAUCUUCUUUCAGAGCUUUCUAAAACAUUUCCCAAUGAAAUUGCUAAAUAUAAAGCUAUCAGAGGUGGAGAAUAAGUUAAAUGUAUUUUAAGAUUAAGUCUAUUUAUAUGCAUACUACUGAAUAUUUUAAGGCCAAUUAUGCUAAUUUAAAUGUAAAGAAAUAAAACACUUAAUGAAAAAGCAA